GAGAACCAAUCAGAGCGAAGACGUAUGAUGACGCAACAAGGCGGGAAUUUUUUCAUCAGGCUUUUUGCAGGCUCUGGUUCGUCUCAUUAAACGCUCAGAACUCGCAUAAAUCAGAUGUGCGCUCAUUAAAAUCGUAUCAUCUCCGCGUCUGAACGCUUAACGUGAAUUUCGGAAGAAAUGAACGCGACAGCGGAGCUACAAAUGAACACCGACUCUGUUGUUGAUGCUGCGCACGUCAAAGUUACGCCACAGCAAAGGGGCGUGUCUUUACGGAGGAGACCGCCAGAUUCCAGAUGUAACGCCAGGAGCGUCAAUUCGGGUUUUAAAUCUCCAGUUCAGAAGCCUAGUGUGGUGAGAUCUCCAGUGUGCCCUGAGGAAGAAGUCCAGGAGCUCAAGAAAACACUUGAUCGGCUGGAUUCAGAGAUCGCCUUGUUGGAAAAGGAAGGAUUUGUUGUACAAGAGCUGGAUCAACACAUCGACCUGCUGCACGAAUACAAUGACAUCAAAGACAUCGGACAAACUCUGCUGGGCAGAUUAGCCAGCCUGCGUGGAGUGACCACACGAGACUUGUACAGUCACUUUGGCCUUGAGUUGGACGACUGACUGAGCUUCUUGAGAGGAGAUCAAGUAACUGGAAGGCAUCUUAAUUCUGUUAGUGUUAUGUCUUUGUAUUUAUAGCAAAUACACCAGGUUGUUUUCUUCAUGCUGUUGAGGUGGAUGAGAGAAAUUGAGACGUUUCAGUAAAAUGCUUAAAGGAAUAGUAAAAAUGUACUUGCCCUCGGGACAUCCAAGAUGUAGAUGAGUUUGUUUCUUCAUUGGAAAAGAUUUGGAGAAAUGCAGCAUUACAUCACUUGUUCACCAAUGAUUAAAGUGAAAACAUCUUACUGAUACAUUUGUUUCAUACAAAUACACAGCUUUUCUCUUCACAAGACAUUAUCUGAUGGACUGGAGUGGUGUGGAUUAUUGUGAUGUUUUUAUCAGCUGUUUGGACUCUCAUUCUGACGGCACCCAUUCACUGCAGAGGAUCCACUGGUGAACAAAUGAUGUAUUGAUACAUUUUUCUAAAUCUGUUCCCAUGAAGAAACAAACUCAUCUACAUCUUGGAUGGCUUGAGGGUGAGUACAUUUUAACCAAAUUUUUGGGUGAACUAUUCCUUUAACUCUCAGUCCGUGAUACAUAUAAACCUUCAAAGAAAUGGAAAGGCUUCUGUCAACAUUGUGAGAAGAAUUGCCUCAAAGAGUUUAUCUCAGCUCCCGCACUGCACGCAUUUUUCCUCACAUUGUGUUUGUGCCAAGAGCAAGGUGUUUUUCUUCAUGAGAGAUUGUGUAUGCAAAUCUAUCUAUGCCCGUAAACUUGUCAUCCAAAUCUGGUGAAUUAAAUUAAUUUUUGGGUGAACUAUUCCAUUUCUGUUAUCGUGUACUCACCAUGUUGUUUCAAAACCUGUACGAUUGACUUUCUUAGUGGAACCCAAAAUGAGAUGAGAUGAAACUCUGAAGAAUAUUCACACAACUCUUAUUUAGACUAUUACAGCACAUUUGCAUUGCAUGGCAAAGAGCAGCAUGGACAUACUUCAAAACUUCUUAUUUUGUGUUCCACUAAUGAAAGUCAGUCUUAAAAGUUUGGAACAGUGUAAAUAGUCAUACAAAUGUAAAUUUAUGGGUGAACUAUUCCUUUGAGCAAGUCCUAUGGCAAACUGAUUUAACUAUGCAUUACUGUUGGUUUCCAAUUUCAGUUUGUUACUCUAACUACAUAAAACAAACAAAUGUAUUUAUUUCAAAGUUUAAAUGCCAUGUUUGUGUGAUUGCUCAAUGUUUUGUGUUACAAAAAAUGAUCCAACUGUGUUAAAGUUGAACUAAAUACACUUUAUGUCAGUUAAGAUAGCGAAUAUUGGACUGUGUCUCAAUAUUUUUGGAUAGCAUAGAUAAAACCAUCUGCUACACUGAUAGCAAAUUUGCCUUGUUAAACUGACAGUUGUGAAAUGUUAUCAAACAUUUUACAUAUCCGAAGUGAAGUGGAUAUACGAAAUCAAAACAAGAAAUGUCUGUUUGCUUCUAUUACCACAUGCAGUUUUAAUUGACAGUUCUUGGACAUGCCAACAUAUUUUAUAUAUAUAUAUAUUUAUGAAUGAACCAGAAAAUAUUGUGAUUAGCUAUAAAAGAGCAUGAACAGAUUUGUUGAAAAGUAAUUUGUUAGACAAAGCAUGUCAACAAAAUGUUUUCUAUUUUAUAAGGGAUUGAAAAAUAAGAGGCAUUUGUGACGUCAGUCAAAAAGGUAAAUUGUUUAAGCGGCAG